CUACAACUGACAUCAUCAACAGCAGUAGGAAUGGUGUAGUAGAGGUGAAACCGGGACGUUCAUCGGGAGUCUCGCAUGUCGCAAACGAAACCCAAAACAGAAUCCUAGAGGUGAGGAAUGAUCAUCAAGGCAAGAUCCGGGAGAAUGACAUAGCUACAAAACCAAUUAAGGAGGAACCAAAACAUACUUGUGCGGAGAUUCGAACAGCUAGUAAUAAAGACGCCAGAGUGUCAAGUGAGAGGAAGCAAGUGGAAGCACCCAAAGGCAACGAGAGGGACGUCAAAAUCAUGGGAGCUGGAAGUGAAUCGAAAGGUGAUGAAAAGUCAGUGACCCCGGAUCAAAGGGUGGUGUGUUGCGAAAAGAAGGGAACAGAAGAUAAUAACCCUGCGGAGACAAAAGAAGAAAUAAGGUUUGACUCUUGGGAUGAUAAGGACAAAAUAGUGACAGUGCCAGUUGGUACUAUCAUAACCAAGAAAUGCAAAGAACCUAGUAGGAAGGAAUCUGACCCACGCAAAGCAAGAUUGGGUUGUCGCAAUGAUGAUAUCAUACUUGCUGACCAUGAUAGUCCCACUAAUGGUGCCGAAAGUGAUAAUGAUCAUGAUGGAAGACAUAUCACAGAAAUCGUCACAGACUAUCGUGAUCAAGGAGAAGGAAAUGACACCGCCGAACGAGUGAAGCCAAUAAACCCCGAACCUAAGGGAGACGAUGAAAUCACUAUAAUGCAUCUGAUUAAGAGCACACCCAUGAAUAUAUGGAUAAAUGCGCCUACGGUGAAACAAUGGAGCUGUACCACUAUGUCACACCGUAAAGCUGACAUAAGCAAUGCAACACUUACUGCCUCAAGCCGAGUGAACCCUAUAGAUGGAAGUUCCACCCAGAAUAUUUUGAAGAAAGGAACACCAACUUGCGAUAAAGGAAAAAUAUGUGAAUUCUCAUCACAAGUGGUGGUUAUGGAGAACACGGAAGAAAGAAGUCCUACCAGAGACAGAUUAUCCGAUGGGACAAAAAAGAAGAGGGGAAGAAACAAAAUUUCGUGGAGAAAACAAGUAAUAACAAAAACCUUGCCUUACCUGUGUUUUAAUCAAGAUCCGACCAAGAUAUCCGACCUGACAACCUGGAACAUCAAAAGAAAAAGACUAUCCACCCAACGACCUACCGAUGACUA